AUGGCAACUGAUGCGGGGAGUCCAUUGACAGCGCAAGAGCCUGAUACGAGAAGUCCAACACCAAAAAAAUUCUACGUCUCGCUUGCUGCAAAUGUGGUCCUAUUAAGUGGGGUAUUAUGUUUGUCGGUUCUUUACAUUGUCUGGCUGAAUAAUGUCUACAAGGAUGACCCCCAAGCCUGCAGAUCAGCGCAUCCUCCCCCCGAGGACUCGUUCUACUCCUGUUCACCGUGCGAGCCCAUGGUCAAGACCGAUGAUGCAGACACAAUGAGGUUAUUCAUGAAAAGUUCCUCCAUGGUGUGCUGUAAACGGAUAAGUCCUGUUGUUAAGAUAGAGAUGCCAAUCAUAAGUCAAAUUAGUGAGAAGUGCCAGUCCAAUAAAACCGGUAAAGAGGGUACAGUUGGAGCACUGUUAUACAUUAACCAUAACCAGACGCUUCAUACUUCAGGAUUGCAUUGGAUGUUGAAUAGUAGCAACACAUAUAUGAAAGGAGGAGUGUGGUAUGAAGAACUCCAUCGGUACGGUCGACUCACCGUUCCUAGUGACGGGGUGUAUGCAGUCUACAGCUACAUACAGUUCGAUUCCUACACUGUACACUUGAAUAGUACACUAGACCACCCAAAGCCGGAAAUGCACGUGAUGUACAAAAAUGGCAAUCAACUUAUUCAACUGAACAAGUUUAUGUUGAGACAACACAGUUACAUCACCAGUCACGUGGGACCAAUUCUGGUAGAGUUGAAAGCCAGGGAUUCGAUCCAUGUUGCUGUGGGUUCAAUGGGCACGUAUAUCCACAACAAUCCUAAAUCCAGCGUGUUCGGGUUAUAUAAGUUAUAAAUAACGAUAUUAGAGGAAUAACAA